AGCAGCACAACACAGAGCUUAGGAGCAUUCCACAGCCUGGAGUGAAAGUGAGUUGGCAAGGUUUUGCAGGUCUCAAGGAUGGAAUCUGUCACAGGGGGAUCUAUCUUCAUAAUAAACGCAAUUCUUGCCCUGGCUACAGCCACAAGUGAACACACUCAACUGCCCAUCACAGAACCUCUCCACACUUUCAACGUGUCUCAAAACACAUCAGAUGCCCUGGAAACUAUCAUGUCGGAACACAAAGAAAAUCCCGAUGUGCCAAGGGCUCUAGAAGUAAAACAUUCCUGUUAUGAAGGUGGCCAAAAUUAUUGUAUGAACGGUGACUGCAGGUACCAUGAGGAUCAGGUCACCAGAUAUCGCAUGUGUGUUUGCAAGGCAGGAUACAUGGGAGAGAGGUGCCAGCAUUUAACACUACCGUCUCACACAGCGCAGGAGUCAGAACGAUACUUGUACAUCACCGUUGGAAUUGGUAUUGGAUUGUUCUUCAGUGGACUCAUUGCUCUUCUUUAUUACUGUUGUCGAAACAGAUGCCAGAGAUCAAAAACAAUGUACAGCAAAUGUUCCAUACAGGCAAGAGUUUGACCUCCUCUGUGACUUAUGCCAAUGACCAUUGGUAAAGUGGUGCUCUUAUUAAUGAACAGCAUCGCGCUUUGGUGAAACCCGAUUAACACCAAGAAUCAACCUGGAAGAGAACUCUGUGUGUCCAUGUCACCGUUUAAAUGCUGUGUAUUUUCAUAAUUGUACACAUAACUGAGCAUCACCUGUAACAAUCUGUGGCCUGCGUUAUUUUAAUUCAAUGCAGCAACUUUUAAUAAGCUAAUGUUUAAAUAACGAUUAUACUCUGCAUAUCCCCUCCAAACAGCAAUCUGUCCACCCACAGCAGCCUGUUUCCAGAUGUGUUUCCCUGGUUUAGGGUUCCAGUUAGUUUAUCACAGAUUACUUGCCCGGGGAAAGGGAGAUUCAGCCACUCCAGGUUGAAACCUGUUCCCAAUCACUGUGAUAUCACCCUUCCAGAAACCAGACCAAGUGAGGCUGAGCUGUGAGGCCCAGGGUUUGAUUCCUAGUUGCUGUGAGUUAGCUGAUCUGGAGGAUGUGGCAGGCGUCAUGCUGUUCCUGGGUUUAAAAAUAAAACCCUCACAGGGUUCCUGCUACUGAAAGCUGUCUGACGACAUCAGUCCAGGAAUACUCCAAGGCGUUGAGUGAAAUUUGAGGCAGGGGAAUGACGAAUUUUCCAGAAAGACUGCUUUACUGGCAACAGCUGAUCGCUUUUGAGGCUGGUUGCAGAACACUUUAACAUUCAGGUAUCCAGUCUGGGCCUUCCACAAGCAGGUGUAAUGUUCUGUUUGGGGGCACCAAGGUGCUGGGGUGAUCUGUCAGGUGUAGGUACUGACAGCCCUCCCUCUGCAGUGAUAACCCAAUGAUGGUCCAAGGGGGAAGCAGGGAUACUUUACACAAGAGGAAGCUGUCCUAGUUUCCAUCUCCGAUCUCCUGCCCAACAUCCCUCAAACACAUUCUCGGUCUGCUAGACUCACACUUUGAUGAUUGUUGCUCAGUCAGAGAACACGCUCUCUGGUGACGACAGGAAUGAAGUUAAGCUAUUAGCUCAAUAAACAUAUUAGUCUGAGUUCUCUCUAUCCUUCACAAGCAGUCACAUCCUCUGGUGCUCUUUCAGUCACAGACUCCUAGAAUCUCUGCCUCAACACCAUCAAAUUGAAGCCCAUGAGAGCAUUUAAAACAACACGCAAAUUAAGCUGUUCAACAAACUUUAUGCAUUGUCAAUAUUUAUUCAUUAAUACAAAUAAAUUAUUUUUUAUCCUAAUGUAUAAUUCAUUGUGCAUCAUAUUAAAAUUAUUGCUCUAAAAA